AUGCCGCCGAUCAAGGUAGCUCUGGCAGGUGCCACGGGCAACCUUGGAACUCCGAUUCUCGACGCCCUUCUCCAAUCGCGUGUAUCGGUCACUGUUCUCUCAAGAACUGGAGGAAAUUCAUCAAAGCUCGCCAGACAUCCGAACCUCAAGAUUGAGGAGGUCGACUUUGAAUCCGUUCAAUCGCUGUCUAAAGCAUUACAAGGCAUUGAAGUGGUCGUCUCCUGCGUCUCUACUUUAGCCAUCGGAAGCCAAAACCGGUUGAUUGAUGCUUCUGUCUAUGCGGGUGUCAAACGCUUCAUCCCAGCAGAAUUCGGUAUGGAUUCACUGAACCCGCUAUGUAUGCAACUACCUGUUUGCGUGCCAAAAGCAGCAACUCAGAAAUAUCUGAAGGAUAAGACUCGCCAGAAUCCCGGAUUCUCUUGGACAGGUAUUGCCAACGGACUCUUCCUGGACUGGGGUAUGAAGGUGGGUUUUAUAAUAAAUCUCAAAGAGCAUACUGCCAAGCUGUAUAAUGGGGGAGAUGUACCUUUCAGCGCCACAAGAUUGAUCGACGUGGCGAAGGCGGUGUUAGCAGUCAUACACAACCAGGAACAAACUGCAAAUCGUCUCCUUUACAUCCAUUCAGCAGUUGUCACGCAAAAUCAGUUGAUUGGUUAUGUCAAGAACAUUGUUGGCAAACAGUGGCAAACCUCGCAGAAAGACACUGAAGAGCUUAGGAAAGAAAGCUUGGUUGCUCUAGAGAAAGGCGAUGUCAUGGCUGCGAUGGACGGUUUCUGUGUCGCUGCUUCUUGGAAUGCGGACUACGGGUGCGAUUUCUCUGGCCAUCUGGACAAUGAACUGCUAGGAUUGAAACUCCUUGAUGAAGAGGGAUUGAAGGCCUUGGUGGCAAGUCUUCUGAUUUAA